AUGGGCUCCGGUGAGCCGCAGCGUGUUGCUGUUCGCACCGUCAAACAGCGAAAACCACGACAGGAAAUCUCGUCAUGCCUGAAAUGGCUGGUGUUCUUCCUGAAUUCGCUCGUUUUUCUUGUUGGCGUGGCGAUUCUAGCACUUGGGGUAUAUUUGUUCGUCAAGGAUUUCAGAGAAGUCAAAUUAGUCGAUGUGAUUCUUAAUCCAGCGAUUCUGAUAAGCGUGUUUGGUCUUUCAAUAUGUAUCGUAUCAUUCCUUGGCUCAAUGGGCGCUCUGCGCGACAAUAUUUUCUUAUUGAAAAGUUUUGCUCUAUGUGUCUUUCUCUCAUACAUCUUCGUUGUGAUAACCACAUUCUUAGUAUUUAUACUAUUCUACAAUGAUACAACUGAAGGAUUCUCGGCACAUUCGUUGUUAUUCUAUGCCAUCAAGAACUACCAUUCGAAUAGAAAUGUUGCUGAAAUCAUGGACUCAUUGCAGGAGAAUCUUCAAUGUUGCGGGGUAUCAUCAAUUGCUCAAGGUUAUCGGGACUGGAAUAUGAGUUACCAAUUUAAUUGUACGCAAUCGAAUCCGCAACCGGAAAAGUGCGGCGUCCCAUUCUCAUGUUGUCGUAAAUCGGUUAUAUCGGAAGCGGCUGGUUCAUCAAAUCCUCUUCUACCGGCGAUGCGAUCACUGGAAUGCUGGCAGAACGCUUUGACGAAGCGUCCAGCGGAAUUGGAGCAUGAUAUCUACACCAGAGGAUGCCUUCAACCACUUCGCGGCGUGUUUGAAUCGCACGCGGUUCAUAUCGGCGCCUUCGUCGCCCUUCUCAUCAUCCCUGUGUGCAUUUCGGUGUGCUUGACAAAUAUUCUUGCGAAACAAGUCGACCAUCAGCGAUAUUUAUUGGAGCGCGAAGCCCGACGAAACGAGCGACGCAGAAAGCGCGAGCGUGAACAUCGAAUCCGUGAGCAGAUGAAUUCGCUGGAUUUGAUGGAGGAAGGACAUUUGAAUUCUUCGAAUACGUUUCAGGGUCGCCCGAAGCCACCGGAUAUUCCGCCGCCGCUUCCGCCAUGCGACGAGUCGCGUAAGAUGUCGCGCGCCACGAGCUCAUCACCGAGCCGCAAACCGAAAUCGGCUGGUGUUGAGAACGCAGCGGCGCGUCGCAAAAGGACACCGGCAUCCGGCGGCAAUCCUCAAUUAGCCAAUCAUCGAACGCAUCAAUGGGUCUUGCAACAAUCCGAUUUGGUUCCAUCGAAAUCCAAAUCAUAA